ACAGUGCAGAGCGCGCGCUGCUUGAAAGCCCUGAGGCGGCGGUCGUGCGCUACGGCUGAGCGCGGCGUGGGGCAGCGGAGCGCAGCGGCGCUCGGCUUCUCCUCUUCCCUCUCCCCAGCAAGGGAGCGGCGCGCGGGGCUCGUGGCCGUUAGGGGACCGUUGCCCCGCUCCCUCCUUCGCCCCCUCCCAGGCAGCGGCAGCGCGUGCCGAGCCGCACCAUGGGGAUUCAGGGGCUGCUGCAGUUCAUCAAGGAGGCCGCGGAGCCCGCCCACGUGAAGAAGUACCGCGGGCAGGCGGUGGCCGUGGACGCGUACUGCUGGCUGCACAAAGGCUCCUAUGGCUGCGCCGAGAAGCUGGCCAGGGGGGAGCCGACGGACCAUUAUGUAGUUUUCUGCAUGAAACUCGUUGAUAUGCUCCUCUCGUUUGGAAUUAAACCAGUUUUGGUAUUUGAUGGAUGCACCCUACCUUCUAAAAAGGAAGUGGAGAAGGCCCGAAGAGAGAAGCGUCAAGCCAACCUUCUGAAAGGAAAACAGUUGUUUCGGGAAGGGAAACUUUCAGAAGCACGGGACUGUUUUGCUCGCAGUGUAAAUGUUACGCAUGCUAUGGCUCACGAAGUCAUUAAAGCUGCACGAGCCCGAGGAGUUGAUUGUAUUGUUGCUCCCUAUGAAGCUGAUGCUCAGUUGGCUUAUCUUAAUAAAACUGGCGUGGUUCAGGCCAUAAUUACAGAAGAUUCUGAUCUUUUAGCUUUUGGAUGUAAAAAGGUGUUUUUGAAAAUUGACAAAUUUGGAAAUGGGUUGGAGAUAGAUCAAGCUCGGCUAGGAAACUGCAAGCAGCUCGGAAAUAUAUUCACUGAAGAGAAGUUCCGGUAUAUGUGUAUUCUGUCUGGUUGUGACUACCUCUCAUCAAUUCAUGGAAUUGGGUUAGCUAAAGCAUGCAAGUUACUAAAAUUAGCUAACAAUCCAGAUAUUAUAAAGGUUAUUAAGAAAAUGGGACACUACUUGAAGAUGAAUAUAACUGUAUCUGAAGAAUACAUACAGGGCUUCACACGAGCCAAUAAUACAUUCCUUUAUCAGUUGGUUUUUGAUCCUAUCAAGAGAAAAUUAGUUCCUUUGAAUGAUUAUGCUGAUGAUAUUGAUCCAGAAACACUACUUUAUGCAGGACGACACUUUGGAGAUAGUACUGGUUUUCAAAUUGCCCUUGGGAACAUUGAUAUUGAUACGAUGGAACAAAUUGAUAACUAUAAUCCCGAUACUGCGCAGCCCGUGCAGCAAAGAAGCCAUGGCUGGAAUGACAAACGUGCUAAUCAUGUAAAUAGCAUUUGGAGCAAAGACUACAAGCUUGGCCCUAGUACAGAUGAUGCUCCUCGUACAACUCACUUACCAGAGAAAUCAACAACGAAAGGCAUUGAGAAGAUAAUCAGUAUCAAAGGGUUAAAACUUCCAGGCAAGGAGCUCUUCACAAAAAGGCAAAGGAGUGAUUUAGAAGAACUCUCAGAUGGAGAUCUGUUGAAUCAAUAUUCAUUUUCAAAAGCAAAAAAAUUCAAGGAGAGUGGUGAAGAUGGCCAAUCACAGAAGAGCAUUUCUGCAAUACAAAGCAUUGAUUCUUCAGGGAAUUCUGUCAUUAAAGAAAGCUCUAACUCUCUGCCCAGAGUUAAAAAUAAAUUUGCUUCUUUUCUGCAAAGGAAAAAUAAACAGACAGAUGCUGUGAUUGUUCCAGGAACAAGAAGCAGGUUUUUCUGCAAUGAUGCAGAUAUGCUUGGUUUUAAAGCAAAGGAUGAUGGUGAUACAAUUGAAGAUGUUGAGGAAGAUUGCAAGCAACAGGAGGUAAAACAUGUAGCUGAAGAUGAAACUCCAUUUUUAGAAACUGAAAAAACAAAGACUGUCUCAUCACUUCCUGAAGAAAGACCAAGAAGUUGCUUCCAGUGGCUCAGCAUCCUUGGAAAUCAUUCAGGAAAUCCUGGCCCAUCUCAUACCGUAUUUUCACAGCAGUCUUACCAACAGAGAAGCAACUGCAUGGAAUCCCAAGCAGAUGACAGUAAUGGGGUCCAAGCAGAGAGUGGAGCCGUGUGUGGUGAAUCAGAUGAAGAAUCCUCUCCCUUAAUAGAACCACAGUGUUUCUCCCAGUCUCAAAAGUCUGUUGAGCCACCGCAGUGCAGUUUGAGGUCUUCAAAAAUACUACAGGAAUCUGACUCCAAUUCCAAACUGUUUGAUAACCAAGGUACUCAGAGGUCUCCAGUAUUUUCUGCUGUUCAAACUGACAGAAAGAAUAUGGUAGCAAAGAUCAAGGUUCCUGGCUUACGCAAAUCCAGUUCUGUGGGGUCACAUAUUGUGACAAAACUGAAACCAUUGAUACCAGCUAAAGUAAGCGGAUUAAGUAAGAAACUGUCUCCUGUGCAAAAGAGAAAUCACUGUGAUGCUGAAAAUAAGUUGGGACUACAAGCCACCAUUGGUGAACUCUGGAAAAACUUCCAGUUUAAAAGAGAUUAUGAAAAACUCCCUUCUUGUAAAAAGUCAGACCCACUGUCUCCAAUCAAAGAUAAUAUUCAGCUCACUCCAGAAACAGAAGAAGAAAUCUUCAAUCACCUCGAACACGCUCAUGUUCAGAGAGCUAUAUUCCAAUGAACUGUAUGCUGUGCAAUAGAAUGCAUUUUUAUCACUGUCAAAACUUCUUUGGGACCUCAUCAGUAUAGAAAAGAUACUUUGAAAAUUAGCUGUACGUUUUAGUCUGAUUACUGGUUUCUCAUCUUGUUUUAUAAAAAGCGAGUCGAAAGGUACAGUUUUAUACUGACUGAAAUAAAACCUUCAGAUCUCCGUUC